UUCUAGUUUGUUUAUGAAAGAAUUGUGUGGAAAAGUAAAAAUGGAGCAAUUUAUCCAUGUAGUUAAAAAUAAUCCAGCAUUAUAUGAUUUUGGACAUCCUGAUUAUACGAAUAAAGAAGCACGAUGCAGGAUUUGGACGAAAAUCUGUAAUGAUUGUGGAUUCCCUAGUGAAAAAGCUGCUAAAGUUGAAUGGAAAAGAUUACGUGAUACUUUUCGAUUAUGCUUGAAUAAACCGAAUGGUCACCAGAAAAAUGGGAAAAUUUGGAAAUAUUAUAGUUUAAUGACAUUUUUAACACCCUUUAUGAGUCGUAAAGAUAAACAAAAUGAAAGUGGAAUACCGGAAACACAAGAAUACUCUAUGUUCGAACACAUGCUUGCACCAAAUAUUGAUCUAUCGGAUCCAUCUUUCGCUGAACAAUCCUAUACUAAUGACGAAGCGUCUUUCGAACCACCAACUAAAACUGUAAAAUUCGAGGACGAAAAAACUACUGAUUCAGCUUUAGCAUUGAGUUACGGUACAACAUCAUUAGAUCAUUUUUUCUUAAGCAUGUGCGAAACAACUAAACACUUGCCGGGAAAUUUACAAACACAAGUUAAAAGAAAAGUAUUUCAAGCAGUUAUCGAAGCCGAAGAAGCUUUCGAACAAGCUAAAGGAUUCGGUUUUACACAAGUGAGUGAAUGUAAUUCAUCAUCGAAUUGUGAGGAUUGGCCGACAUUGUAUGUGUCUACCGAAGAUCAAACUCCCGAUGAAUCUACAAAUAAUUCUAAGGAAAAUUAAUAGUAAUUAAGUUUGUUUUUCGUAUUAAAUAUUUUUUCAAGCGAUCCAUACACGCACAAUGUUUUUUCUCUCAUUCAAUGUUAAGUAAAGUUUGGAGUUCCAAAAUUUAUGAAGUCAUUGAGCGUGAAACACCGAACACAGACGUAGCCAGAAAUUAGGUCAAGGGGGGGGGGAAGGACACAGCAUGUUUUCGAUUGAUUAGAUCAAGACAUCUUCAUCUAAAGAAUGGCUAUGGUUGGCUACGAUCUUGUUGAACAGUGAAUAGAGAAAAAUAUUACUCGUUUAUAAGGUCGCAUUAGGCUAAGUUUUAAAAAUUAAUUCAAUAUUUAAGUUAUUUUUUUAAAUAAGGUAAUAUUCGCUUCAUUUUUUUUUUUUAAAGCAGAAAUAGUUUCAGUAAAAAAGAAAUAUAUUUACAGAAGGUGCGAUAAAACCACUGAAAAAAUUUCAACUUUCUUGCUUGUCACAUCGGAAAGUGAUCAGGCGUUUUAAGGGGAAUGGCCUAUGUGAAAGCUAAAACAAUUGACAAUUUUUGACACCUUUUCUCACGGGAAGAAUCAAUUAAUUAUGGACGAAAUAUUAGGUGUAAUAUAUUCACCAUUUAUAAUAUAAUAUGUUAAAAAAUCGUAAAAGGUAAUAGAAAUAUGCGGCUAAAUUCGAAGACAAUAAAAUCUUUUCAG